AUGGACGGCUCUAAUACAACUCCAGUUAAAUAUUGCGAGAGCGUGAAGGAGGAUUUAAAACCGGGCGAAGCGGCAGCCUCUGUCCCGGGCUCCGGUGACUGCUGGGGGUCCUGUCUGAAGCGCGUGCGACUCUUCAUCCCGCCGGACUACCGGCACGAGCUCCUUCAGCUUGUCAAACUAGCGGGACCAGUGAUCAUUUCCCAGUUGAUGGUGUUUAUGAUCAGCUUCGUCAGCACGGUGUUCUGUGGUCACCUGGGCAAAACAGAACUAGCUGGGGUAGCUUUAUCAAUCGCGGUGGUUAACGUCACCGGUAUUUCCAUUGGCACUGGUUUGUCGUUAACUUGUGAUACCCUCAUAUCUCAGACGUAUGGGAGCGGUAACCUGAAGCGUGUGGGGGUGAUUCUCCAGAGGGGGAUUCUGAUUCUGCUGCUGGCCUGUUUCCCCUGCUGGGCCAUCCUCAUCAACACUGAACCUCUUCUCCUCGCUGUCAAACAGAGCCCAGAGGUGGCCAGUCUCGCCCAGCUCUAUGUGAAGAUCUUCAUGCCUGCUCUGCCGGCUGCUUUUAUGUACCAGCUGCAAGGGAGGUAUCUUCAAAAUCAGGGGAUUAUUUGGCCUCAGGUGGUGACUGGAGUGGUUGCAAAUAUCUUCAAUGCAAUCACCCAAUACGUCUUCCUUUACCCACUGGAUUUGGGCGUUGCCGGCUCCUCUGCAGCCAAUGCUAUCUCCCAGUAUGUGCUGUCUGUGGCCUUAUACGUCUACAUCUGCUGGAAGGGUCUGCAUAAGGCCACAUGGGGAGGUUGGACCAUGGAGUGUCUGCAGGAGUGGGGUCCUUUCGUCAAGCUGGCCAUCCCCAGCAUGCUCAUGCUGUGUCUGGAGUGGUGGAUGUUUGAAAUCGGAGGGUUCCUGGCCGGGUUGAUCAGUGAGGCUGAGCUGGGAGCCCAGUCCAUCGUCUAUGAGCUGUCCGUGGUGGCUUACAUGUUCCCAUUAGGAUUUGCUGCUGCUGCCAGUGUUCGUGUUGGGAACGCUCUUGGAGCAGGAAACAUAGAGCAGGCCAAGCUGUCCUGCAAGAUCCCCAUCAUCUGUUCAUUCUUCAUUGCAUGUUUUGUUUCAGUCAUCGCCGGCAGUAUCAGAAAUGUCGUCGGAUACAUCUUCACAACCGACCAAGAGAUUUUACAAAGGGUUGCUGACGUCAUGAUCAUAUUUUCCGUCAUGCAUCUUGCUGAUGCUGUAGCGGGUGUGGCUGGAGGCGUUCUCAGAGGAGCAGGAAAACAGACGAUUGGAGCUCUGUGUAACCUGGUGGGAUACUACUUCAUUGGUUUCCCUAUCGGUGCGUCCCUAAUGUUUGCAGCAAAUAUGGGCAUUGAAGGGCUGUGGACAGGACUCACCAUUUGUGUGCUAAUUCAGGCGAUAUUCUUUGUCACAUAUUUGAGCAAACUUGAUUGGAAGAAGGCUGUUGACGAGGCUCUUGUGAGAUCAGGAGUCCAGAUCAAAGAAGAAAAGGAGGUGGUGAGGAUAGAAAAUCCAGACUCGGAUCAGAACCAGUACGAGGUCUGCACUGCUACUUUCCAUUGUGAGAGUUCUGAGGAGGGCGGAACACGUCAGGAUCCGAGUGUACCAGGCCAGAACAAAUCCACCACCACCACAGUGGGAAACAUUCUGUCAGUCCAGCAGCUGGUUUUACGCCGUGGACUCACAUUGCUGCUUAUGAUCGUCAUCCUCGUGAUCGGGGUCUUCGCAAGUGAACUCUUCACCAGGCUGCUGAAAUGAGUCGUCGCAUGAUUUAAGAUCAAUCCUGAUGGCUGUCCCAUGAACAAGGUGCAUUACACAAUAUUUUCAACACUUAAUCACCUUGUGGUGAAAGGGUUACUGGUGCUUUGGAUACUGAGGAUCUAGCUUUGCACAGCGUUUGGCCAACAACCCUCUCAUGUAACUGGACAACAGCUCUAUGGCUGAACUAAACAAGGUCUUAGGCGUGGAAUAAAGAGGCAGAGAUUGAUUUUUUUGUAGUUAGCGGACCAAACAGUCUGGACAGCAAUGGGAAACUUCGCCUAAUAUGGCACAUAAAGGAUGAAAAAUGCUUGAUGCAACUCAUGCAUUUCUUGAGGCAUGCCAUGUUUGAAUAGCCAUAACAAGCACCAAGAGUAAAAGGCUGUGUUAUGUAUCACAUAUGCCAAAGUAAGGUAGGAGGAAUGAAAAAAGGAAAUGUGUUGACGAUGUUUUGACUUUAAUGGAUCAUGUGACACGAGUUUACACACUGUGCCUUGGGUUGAAAUUAAAAUGAACUGUAUUUUUAUAGGUUUUAAGUUAAGAAUUGGUUGGAUCCAUUUUCUUUUUUCACACAUUAACCCACAUCGUAUUGGGUGAGAAUUGUGCCAAUUCACGUUCAAAUAUUUCAUACAUACUACCUAGCUUUUUUAUUCGAAGAAGGCCUAAAAGCAGCGAUAUAAGUGAUACCAUUUUGAAGGUCUCUUGAAAAAUGUUUUGCAUCUGUAGUUUACCAGGUCAUUUGAGCCCCUAACACUGACCAGAGGGACUCUACCCAUAAGGUGUGUGCUGCUGAGGACCCAAGGUAGUACAUUGCCCCAUGUCAAGUUAUUUGGACCAGGGUUUCUGUAGACAAAUGCAAAAAGACCUCGCUUGGCCCUGCAGGAGUUUGGUAAGCGCAUGCGCCAUAGACUUGUACCAAAAACAAAACAAGAGCACAGCCAUGUCCGCUAGCAGCCACUACAGGACGUAAGUGUAUGUUUUCUUUCAUUAAAUAGCAGUGUUUUAACAGAACACAAAUGUAAUAAGUAAUAAUGACAGAAUGUGGCUGUUUGCAGGUAAUUAUGUUUCUGGUAGACGAGCCAGGCCAAAAAUGGCCUGACUUUAGGAACAACAUAUGGUGAGUUGUGAGGUCUAACACUGCAUUGGGUUUUUUGAGUGUUAUUGAUGGGUUUUUAUAAAAUUGUCAAGUCUGAGCUGUAACCUCAUACGGUAUUGGACAAGUAUGUGGGCCGUAUAAGGGUAAGGAACAUAGCACCAUAGUAAAACACUAGGAAUUAGUAAAUAUUAACAUCACAUCCAAACGCAAGGAACGUGUGAAAGAUGAGUGUAAAAUAAUGUGAAAAUUGUAGCAUUUUGUCAUUGAAGUUUCUUUGUUGCUGUUGUUGUUGUGGUCAGUUCCUGCUGUAUAUACACUAUAUACAUGUAAGAUAGAUGUAGAUGUUCCUCAAUCAGUACAUGGUUUAUUAUGCACAUGAAUAAUGGUUUUCAAUAUGUAUUUAUCUUAGCAAUAAUAUUGGUUUAAUGCCAAACACAGUAACCAAAGUGAAAGUCAGCUAUAAAAAAAAGUUAUAUAAGCACAGUUUUCUACAAUGGGUAAUAUUGAAAUUGUCAUCUCAUAAUAUAAAAAUAAAUUGUUGAUAUAACUA